AUGUCUAAAACGAGACCAGUUGCCGUGAUCCGUUCACCACGGUCGCCAUCGUACGCCGCCUUCGCCUGCCACGCAAAGUGUGGGCGCUUGACCGCCGCGCACCUCGACACUCCUCGAUCGCACGCACCUCUUGCGACGAGUAGCUGCUUCAAGGGGGGCAGGGCAGUGCACGGCUGGGGGGCGGGAGGUCAUUUCAACGCAGAGGUGUGGUGUGGCGCCACACGCGGCACGGGCAGCAUGCAGCCUCAGGCAGAAGGACCCAAGUACGCCCAUCCGCAGGUGGUCUUCUUCACCUGCUUCUUCAAGGCAGCAGCGCUGGGGUUCUACCUGCUGGGCAGCUGGUUCACGAGCAGCUUUGUGAUUGACUUCGUGGUGUGCGUGCUGCUCAUUGCUCUCGACUUCUGGGUGGUGAAGAACGUGAGCGGCCGCAUCCUCGUGGGGCUGCGCUGGUGGAACGAGACGGACGACGCUGGCGAGACGCUCUGGCACUUCGAGUCGCUCGACCAGGCUUCGUUGGACCAGCUGAGCAAGACUGACGCAUGGGUCUUCUGGUGGACACUCUAUUGCACGUCAGCGCUGUGGCUGGGGCUGGGGCUCAUUCAGGUCAUCCGCCUCAGCUUCGACUAUCUGCUCAUCAUCAUCGUGGCUCUUGUGCUCGGAGCCGCCAACAUCUACGGCUACACCAAGUGCCGCCGAGAUGCCAAGAAGCAGAUCCAACAGUUUGCAGCACAGACCAUGGCACAGUUUUUCGCCUCCACGCUCACCUCUGCCCUCGCAGCCUUCAACUACUGGAGCUAUCUCCCCGGCGCCGCCCCCGCGCUGCUGCGGGAGAUGCAGGCGGAGAUGUUUUCGACAGCAGCAGCUCUGGGGCUCGUAGCCGCGGCCCUCCAAGUGGUCACGCGAGUAUUCGACAGCAGCAGCGGCAGCAGCCGCAAGCAGGUGGGACCAAACGCGGGCAUGGGAGCGUACGCGCAGAGCGGCAACAUCGGCAGCAUCAACAACCAGAACACCGUCAACGACCAAACCGCGGACGCCACCAAAACCGGCCCUGGCACCCCCGGCGUCAUCGCGACGCCGUACUCGCAGUACCAGAAGCGCGGGGCGACGGCGUACCAGACGAACACGCAGUCGCAGACGGCGACGACCAAUGGCAUCACGCCCACGUACCAAUUCGGGUCCACGUCAGCGACCAACACGAUCACAGCCCUAGGCAGCGGGGGCGCCGGGUACGGCGGACUAGGAGCACUUGCGGGGGGUACGGGGGCGGCGCUCGGCACGCUCAGCAGCGCGGGGGUGCCGUUUGCGACGUCGCUAAUGUCGACGAAUCCGACUGGUGAUCCGAUUGGCGAAGGGGUGCGGUGCGUGAGUCAGUUCGCCGGUGGCGGGUGCAGCGAGGAGGGGUUUCUGCCCGCAGCGCAUGCGAGCGCAAGGCCCAUCGAGGUGAUCUCUGAGCUUGGAGCGGCAAGGGCGUAG